AUGGCUCAGCGCGUGCUUCGCGGCCUCACCCUGCUGGCUGUCGCCUUCGGCUUCCUGGCCACUCCUUCCUUCGUCUCAUACCCUCGCCAGCCACACGCUCGUGUGCUUCGCCGUGCCCUCGCGGACGAAAGCGCGGGGGAGGCACUUGAAGAGCGCCACUUGCCCCUUCCAGAGGCAACUCACUUUGUGGAGGAAGAGGCAGCAGGUUGUAUUGAAGAAGGCUGCGCCGUGGAUGACAUCAUGCGCAUCCAGCACAAGCUUGAAAUGGAUGAAGGAAGGAUUCGAGAAGCCAUCGAGAUGCUCCAGGUGGCUCGUGAUUCCCUGUCGGUGGAUUCUUCGCCGGGCAUCGGCCUCCUCCGGAUGUCGCUGAGUCGAAUCCACAGCUUGAACAACAAGCUUCAAAAUUUGAUCAGCUCGCAUGGCGAGCAGAUCGCAAAGGAUUUUGGAGCUUACCUGGCUUUCGGCCACGGCGACACUGGUGGCUUCUUGAGUCUCAACAAGUUGCGGCGGGGCCCCCUUCCCUUGACGGCUUCUGAUGAUUCACCCAAAAGCGAUGUUCUCGUCUCCUUCCCCGCAUGGUGUGUCGUGUCGCGGGUACGGAGGAGGGCCUUCGGCAAUGCUUUGGACAAAGGCCUGCUGUCUGCUUGCCUGGAGUGUACUCCAAGAAGCGUCUCCAAUGACAGCGGUUAUUUCAUCUGGAUGACCGAUUUGCAUGGAGACCCAUUUUAUGCAACCGAUAUUCGCCAGUGCCGCAAGAGGAGCAUUCAGGCUUUGGAAGGCCAAUUGUUCGGCGUCAUGGGGUGCGACCCUCCCAUCGCCUUAAUUGCCUCAGCAGCCAAAGCUGCAAAAGCCACAGGGCAGUCGAAAAAUUUUCUCCUCUACACUGGUGACUUCUCGAGGCACGCUAUUGAGCUCAUGCCGGAUGCGCACGCAAAUGUUUCCAACGUCAUUGGAGAGGUGGCAUCUGUUGUUAAGGCACAUCUCCCUGACAUGCCAACAAUUUUCGGGGCUCUGGGAAACGACGAUGGUCCGCAGAACUAUUUCCAGCCGGUAACAUCCGAUAAGCCUGCCAACGACUGGUUCACUCUCUUGGAAGCAAAGUUGAAUUCCAGCUGGUCACUGGAUGCUGAUGCUGCCAAGCAGUUCAGGUACGGAGGCUACUUCGAAGCUCGCGUGGGAAACCUUACAAUCCUGAGCCUUGCUACAGUCAUUUACUCUGUGCGACACCAGCCCGUGCAGCCAGAGGAGGACCCUUUCCAUCAGUUUGCCUGGCUGUCGCGAAGGCUUAAAGAAGCUGCAGAUGAAGGCCGCAGGGUUUGGAUUAUUGGCCACAUUCCACCGGGGAUUGAAACGUUUGGUUACACGGAGCUUUGGCAUCCCAGAUUCUUGGCCCGAUACUUGGAGAUCGUACAAGACAGGUUGCUGGGAAGCACGAUCGCAGCACAGCUCUUUGGCCACGUCCACAAAGAUGAGUUCAGGCUCCUGCCUGAUCCGCCUCCGGGCGCGGGCCCCAUAUUUUUGUCUUCUGCACUGAGUCCCGUGUACUACAACAACCCGGCAUUCAAGCUCGUGAAGUACUCCAAAUCGACUGGCAGAAUUCUCGAUUUUGAGACGUUCAUCUCCGAAAUAUCUGGGCAGCUGGAUUGGAAGUUCGCGUACCGCUUCAACGCAACCUUUUCGGGCUUCGGCUCAGUCGGACUUGUCAUGGAGGAUUUUCGUGCCCUUCGUGACCGUCUUAUCCUAGGGCUCGAUGACUUUGAGCAGUACUCAAAGUGGUAUGCAUCCGACUAUCCUGCGGAGCUACGCCACUUCAUUGCCCGGGCAGGCGACACGCGCGAGGCUGCGCGGAAGAAGCUACAACGAAGGCACCAAGUCGGGUGCGCCCUGACGGUGCAAACGCAAGAGGACAAGGGCUUGAAAGACUACCAGCGGUGCUUUGACUGGGCCAUCGCCUCGACCAGCACUAAUCACCAUGCUGCUCAGCCUUUGUUCAAGGUGCCUCGUUUGCUGCAGAGCAUUCCGAAAGAAUUUGGAGAUGUGGAGACCUUUCGUUUGAGCAAGCUCUUGCGUUGGGCAGAAGUGGCCGAAACGCAAGAAGCGCUGGAAGUGUUGGACCUGGCACGUCAUGGUCUAUGGAAGGAGCUCUUGCGCAGAUUUGGCCCGGCUGUGGAGAGGGCUUUGGAAACGGGAGGCAACGAUUUUGUGACCCCUUUGGAGGCAGGCAAAGGAGACAAGGACAAGCCUAUGCCAGAAGAGCUGAAGAAGUCCGUCGAUCUAUUGAACUUCGUCACCUUGCUUCUGAGCUCGAAGGCUCGAGACGAGAACGGAGCCCCUUCAACGGUCUUCCGUGCAUUGCUUGCAGCCUGUCGCUCCGGUAGAUACAGGUCAAGUUCUCAAAGCUGUGCAUGGAGCAGCCCAGACCUUGUCCUGCUUCCCGCCUUGAGCUCCGUUCGAGACUUUGUGAACCAAGGCUACUGCAUCUUGCACCCUCCCUUCGCCUACAGCUUCUGGAUCUUCAUGCAGGAGCCCACCUCGAGAGGGGAAUUCGGGCGCAAGGCGUAUUUUCUGAUGAGUCACUACAUGCCCGCGGGCACUGGCACACCCGUUAUCUCCGUUGCCCUCGCCGCUGGUCACGGGCACGCUGGGCAGGACGGCCGGCUGGAGCUUUGGCUGGGGAACCAGUGCAAAGCUCCAGACAACGAAGAGGAAGUCGCUGAUGGAAAGACAGCAAGCGAGUUGGCGCUUGUGAAAGCUGGCGUUUGGAUGCAUGUGGUGCUCUCGAUCCACCACCGCUCCGUCUCUGCUUACCUGCAGGGCGAGAAAGUCGUGGAAGCAAAGCUUCAGGGUCGCAUACAGCUCUCCUCCCUACCGCCAGAACCGUUGCGGGCGGUUUGCUUCGUUGGCUUUCCACCGCCGGAGUUGCUCAACUACCAGAAUUCCGUUAGCAUCAUGGAAGGUCUCAUUGCCCACAUGACCUACCAUGACGAGGGCCUUACCAGGAGUCAGGUCUACAACGCCUACUUCAGGUCUCGGCACAUGCUCCCGUCGGAGAAAGACAUUGUACCAUUGGAGGAAGCCAACGAGCGCAGUGAGUCAAUCAUGUACCCUUUUCACCGCCAGCAGCCGUCCCCGCUGAUGUGGCUGGUGAUCUCCGACAAGUGGCACCAGGUUGACAGCGUGCUUUUCCACGUUCUCAACUCGAAGUUGGCAGCCCAGCAUAGCACAUCCCAGCACCACUGCGUGGUCACAUUCCAGCAUGCGCUGUUCUUGCUGAGAACCUACUUGCAGCGUCAUGGACGGGAUAAGGGUCCGCAAGAGUUGGCUCGCGGGCUGCGGAUGGCAGCGAUCCAGCUCCUGAUGAACAUCAUCGACAUGGAAGCUGUGGUUCCGCACCGGCUGAGACAGUACGCCAUGAACUUCUCCAACAUGAAAUCUGUGACACAAACUCCCUUCCGCCUCGGAAUCUCGGAGGACAGCUUCACUCUCGACUUCAAGCUUCGCUUUCGUGGUUAUGCUCUUCUGGAGGAGGGUGCGAAGGACGGGAUUCCUUUGCAGUACGACUGCUGCCAGUCGUGGGUUAUUCCAAUAUUCCUAUUCCGUUUCGCAUCCUGCCAGUGCCAGAGCAUCAUCUCGUGCUUUGCAAGGGGCCUAGAACAGAAGUCGGCAAUGGCAAGUACAGGGACAGGCCGUGACUGGGGUCGACUGCAUCUGCUUGGGCUGAGGCGAAGAAGGGCAGUGCUGACAGGGACCAGUUUCGCAUCGCACUGGAAGCAGGGAGCCACACCCAGCCACACGACUCUGCAAAGCACCGUUGCCUCGGAGGCCAGCGCCAUGCAGAGUUCCGAGGAGUGCAUGCUGGCGGGUGAAGCUACAGGGAAACCACAGGCCUCUUCGGAGAGGAUUCAGUGGUAG